ACGGCUACCAUGGACUUGCGCGGCGACGUUCAAGUUCUGGCGAACACAUGGACCCUGCGUAGCUACAGAUACGCCUAUGCCACCACUUACUCCACACAAAUCUCUUCUCCAUACCAAAACAAUCUAUCAAACACCUUCUUAUCCUCUCCUCUGUCGCAUUGUCCCAUAGCAUUCUCACGUGCCGUCCCUCUCCACCCUGAAAUCUCUAACCUACCCCACUCCCCUCAUCCACAAGUCUACCACCCCUCCACCACCACAACCUUACAUGACUCACUUUGCCCACCCCGCUGCCCUAGCUCAACCACACCACGCCCCCUUCGCUGCCCGAAAGGAUCCACCAAACAGGCAGUUGGGUACCCAAGUCACCCCACCCAGAAAAGUAACCUCGAAUCGAAAUUGUGA